UGGCACGAAAUUUCGUCGUGGGUGUACUGCUUGUAUGAACCAUGGUCCUGUGUUCACAUGCGCGUAGCCGUUGCUUUCCCUCUCUCUUAUCUUGAUAUGUUGCUCGUGGAUUGAGUCAGCUGUUUUGUAUGCAAGUUGCCUUUGCUGGUUGCUUUGAGAAGGAGAGCGAGAUCGUGCUGUGGAUACAGAAAGAGAACCGCCGUUCUUUAAGGUAGAGAGGAGAGACGGCGAAAACGGUACACGAUUCCCACUAUAUAAUUACGUCGCUGUGGAAGAAGAAGCUUCAUAUCCUAGCGGCAAAGCGACAGGAAGGUUAGAGAUGGGAGCUCUCUUGCUGUGUAAUUCUUAUUAUUUAUUGUCCUGCUGUUUUGCAUUUUAGGGACCGCAUUAGGCUACACAGUUCAUGCCGCUUAUGCGCCACUCUGCUGGUAUAUCUCUCGAUCGCUAGCUUCAUUACAAACCCUGGGAAAAGUAGAACAGUUUUAUGGGAGGAAUGAUGUAGUCGUUGAAAACUAAAGAUAGGCACUGAAUAUUCAUAAAUGUAGCCUCUCAAAAACUGCGGUAUCCAUUCAUACCUAAGAUCUGGGCUAAUGGAAAGACUGGGCUCAAUAUAAUAUUAUGAAUAGGAUAUGGAUGGACAAAUGAAGGGUUUAGACCAAUCAAUGGACACAAACAUGUAGAUACAUUAAUAAAGGGGAUGGGCAUAUGAUGCCAAUCAAAUCUUUUUUCAAAGAGUUAAGAAUGGAAGAAACUUGUCAGUUCCAGGACGCUGUUUAGGCUGUUACCCAUUACAUUCAUUCAGGGCGCUGUUCGCACGUGGAUUCCGUGUCCCAAGAGACAGUAUCUUCUUUGCCGGAGAACCUUACACUCUGGACUUCAUGCUCCUAUUAAAAUGAGACAACUGAUUUAUUCAUGUCAAGGACUUGAAGUAUCUUCUUAAGAGCACUUGGACUUAGCGGAAGGGUAAGCUCGGUGAAGACUCAAAAAAAUCUUUCGAAUUCUGAAACCAUCUUGUAACCUGAGACGCCAGCUGCAUAUCACCGCCAAUAGUUAAACUGCAGACUACUAAAUGAGCAGAUGAAGCCAUGAAGACAAGACAGAUGGUAGUGCCAAAAAAGAAUUUGACCUGAACUGCACAGACGCCUUUUCCGCUCUGCGAAUGCGACUGACCAAGAUUUCUGCUGUUCUGAAACCAAAGUCUGUCUGGUCAGAUACGCCCUUCGAGAUAAGAAGGUCGACUGUGGAGUCAUAAAUGAAAGAUCAGUGAAGGUACAAGAGACAAGAGAUCAAGGCUAGUCAGAAAUGUGGGCCACAAGGGAAAUAAGCACAAGCCAAUCUGAAGUGGUGAUAUACUGAGUCCCAGAGACCAAUCAGCACCUCAUGCCAGUCAACAGUCACACGUGCAAAGAAAUCUAAAUGCACAGGCUGUGUCGCGUUGCCUUGUAUAACACUGUCUGGUCCAGACAGUACAGAAUCAUCCAAUUACUGUCCUUUUCACUCCAUUGGUGGUGAAGUAUGGACUUUUUUGCCUAAACUGGAGAAAGGUUCAAAGAACCCUGUGAGAUUCCUCAUUUUGUGUCUCAUAGGAAACUUAUCCCGCCUUGUUGAUGGUGUCGCCACUCGGUAACUAUCUGUAAAAUCAUGAAUUCACGAGAAGCGCAGAUAGCUUCCCAUGGACAUGUUGUGAUGAGUGCCUUUUUUUGGUGGGUGGCAUUCCUCUCUUUGAUGCAGACUGGUGGGGUGAGAGGGGACUGUUGGCUUAUUGAGGGGGAAAAGGGUUUUGUUUGGCUGGCGAUUUGCAGUCAGAACCAGCCACCUUACGAGGCCAUUCCCCAACACAUCAACAGCACCAUUGUGGACCUGCGUCUAAAUGAGAACAAGAUAAAAAGCAUCCAUUACUCUGCCCUUAGCCGCUUUGGCAACCUGACUUACCUGAACUUGACCAAGAAUGAGAUCACCUACAUAGAGGAUGGGGCCUUUUCUGCCCAGUUCAACCUUCAGGUCCUCCAACUGGGCUUCAACAAGCUGCGGAACCUGACAGAGGGCAUUCUCAGGGGUUUAGGCAAACUUCAGUACCUCUACCUCCAGGCAAACCUGAUUGAGACAGUGACACCCAAUACCUUUUGGGAAUGCCCCAACAUUGAAAAUAUAGACCUCUCUAUGAAUCGUAUCCAGCAGUUAGAUGGGUCAAUUUUCACCGGUUUGAAUAAGUUGACCACUUGUGAGUUGUAUACCAACCCUUUCAACUGUUCCUGUGAGCUCUUGGGAUUCCUCAAGUGGCUGGCAGGUUUCCCCAACAGAACAACUGAGCGCAUGGUGUGUGAUUCCCCUCCGAUUUACUCUGGCUACAGCCUUCUCAGCCAGAAUCCAAGCAUGCCCACUUACCGCAAUGCCCUGCACAUGCUCUCCACUUUGUGCACAGAGGACUAUGUGACCUCAUACAUCCCUGGAACUCCUGACACCACCACACUCCCACCAGACUCAACCCCCUGUGGAGUAGAGGACUGCCCCUCAGGGACUGGGCCUUAUGACAUCAUCAAUAUAAGCCCACCAUACAUUGACCUUGAUGUGAAGCCUAUUAUGAGACUGAAGCAAGUGACACACACCAGUGCGGUCAUUAUGGUUCAUAUCCCUAAUCCUUUCAAGAAGAUGUACAUCCUGGUUCUCUACAACAACAGCUUCUUCACCACCAUACAGCCUCUCAAGAAAGAAAAGGAGGAGAUAGAACUGAAAAAUCUGAAAGCUCACACAGAGUAUACCUACUGCGUUGCCUCAAUACGCAAUUCUCUGCAAUACAACCACACCUGUCUGUCUGUUUCCACAGGCCCAAAAAAAGGAAAGGAGAGAGAGGCAAACAACUCUACCGCCACUCACUACAUCAUGACCAUCCUGGGGUGUCUUUUUGGCAUGGUAAUAGUUUUAGGGGUAGUCUACUACUGCUUGCGGAAAAAACGGCAACAAGAUGAAAAACAUAAAAAAGCAGGAAAUAUCAAGAAGAAUAUAAUUGAACUCAAGUAUGGACCUGAACUAGAAGGAGGAACUAUCUCACAGUUGACACAAAAGCAGAUGAUGAGUGGAGAGAACAUGCCCCGGAUGCCCUACUUACCUUCCAGUGGCGAAAUGGAGCAAUACAAACUACAGGAUAUCAGUGAAACCCCUAAAACAGCCAAGGGGAAUUACAUUGAGGUCCGCACUGGGGAGCCACCCGAUCGCAGAGAAUGUGAUAUGUCCAUGCCUGGUAACAACCAAGGUUCAGUGGCUGAAAUCUCCACUAUUGCAAAGGAGGUAGACAAAGUAAAUCAGAUCAUCAAUAACUGCAUUGAUGCCCUGAAAUCUGAGUCCACAUCCUUUCAAGGUGUGAAAUCUGGAGCAGUAUCCACUGCAGAACCCCAACUAGUGCUAAUAUCAGAGCAGCCCCAGAGCAAGUCUGGCUUCCUCUCCCCAGUGUACAAAGAGAGCUACCACCACCCGCUGCAGAGGCACCACAGUAUGGAGGCCCCACCCAAGCGCUCCAGCACCUCUUCCAGCGGCUCCGUACGGAGCCCCAGGUCGUUCCGCUCAGAAGGAGCCUACAAGUCUGAGGCCAAGUACAUUGAGAAAACUUCACCAACGGCUGACACCAUCCUGACCGUUACGCCAACGGCCGCCAUUCUACGCGCGGAGGCAGAGAAAAUCCGUCAGUACAGUGAGCAUCGGCACUCCUAUCCAGGCUCCCACCAGGGUGAGCAGAUGGAGGGUCCGGGAAGCAGGAAGCCCUCCAUUCUGGAGCCUCUCACACGCCCGCGCCCGAGAGACCUUGCCUACUCCCAGCUCUCACCCCAGUACCACAACCUGAGCUACUCUUCCAGUCCUGAGUACUCCUGCAAACCAGCCCACAGCAUCUGGGAGCGUUUCAAGCUCCACCGCAAACGACACAAAGAAGAGGAGUACAUGGCAGCAGGACAUGCACUCCGCAAAAAAGUGCAAUUUGCCAAGGACGAGGACCUGCAUGACAUUUUAGACUACUGGAAAGGGGUAUCAGCUCAACAGAAAUCUUGAUUUUACCCAGACUACUGCUUCUGAAUAUGGACCAAAAUAAUACAGCGCAAAACAUUUAAAACUACAAGAAAGAAAUAGAUUUACAAGGAGAAAUAUCUAGAUUGUUGUGAAAUUCCUCCGCAGCUAUUUUUAUUCAGACUGUAUUUCUGGACAAAAUGGAGAAAGAACCAUAAAAACUACUUUCUCACAUUUGUGAGUAUAUGAACCAAAUGAAAGAGAAAGAUCUUCAACUGAGGAAAGUCAGCUGUAUUAAAUUGUCCUAAUCUUUUUUUCUAGAAAAAAAAGAAAACAAGCAAAAAAAGUAUUGGAAUAUAAUUAUUUGGGUAUUGCAUGGCCAUGUCCUGUGACUGUGGAUUAACUGUCUGUGUACUUUGAGCGAAAAACCGACAAAAACAUGUCCGCUGAUCACUGUAUACAAGACUGUGUAUAUGGUUUUCUUUGCCAGAGAACUGCACUCCCAUGCACACAUUUUUCUCACUCUGCAUUGUAAAGUAACUAUUUAUCAAUGCAUUCUACAUCGAAAAACUGUGUAUAUAUAAAAAUUCUAUAUUUGCAAUGUUUGCUGUAUAAAAAGAAACAAUUACCUGUUUGUAUCAGGUUUUAACCAUGAAUUUUAGAGACAGCUUCAUUAUUUUUUUCAGUCUCAAAUGAAUGUCUCCUGUCCUGAUGGAUAAAAAGCUGCACUGUUUGUUGAAAUGGUACACUCUUCUGAACAUAUCCUUUUUGGUCUCCUCCCCCCUCCUUCCUCUUUUUUUCUAUUGCAUAUAUUUUGCAGAAAUCACAAAUCAAACUGCACAAUAUUAACAGCUGAGAUUCAUCGUUCCCCAAAUAAUUAUAUUCAACCAAAGUGCUGUGGUAGCAAGUCAUUACAUGCUCUGCUGAUGUUUCAGCCACUAAAUUGAUCUACAGACCCGAGGAUGAAUGUAUUCUUUACGUAAUAAAAGUGUAUGGCAGCCCCAAUGCGGCAGCUUUUUGUUAUUCACAAACAUUGACCUCCCUUGAUCUGUGGAACCCAGUACUAGGUUUUUGCAUUAUUAUUUUGUAGUCAAAUAUUUUGCUCUCUGACAUGUUGCAUGAAAAAUCACCUAAAUAACGGAGCAGGCUUUCUCUCACGUACAGAGAAAGGCGUUUCUAAUAGGUAUCUAUACUAAUAUAGUAAAGGGGUUUAAGUGCAGGUCCAAGUAGCUGCAUCUUAAUCUUUCUUGGCAGGAGACUUGCUAAUAGCCUUCAUGCUUUUAAAAUACAGUACAGAGAAAGCCAACGGAAAGAGUGGGUGACCAGGCUAAAACAUUGAUUCAUAAUUUCCACCAUAACAAUCCAUUUCAACGUCAUCCAACUACCAAGAGAAAUUAACAGCUGAUACUCUGUUACUAUGAGGUGUUAUUACAACAUUGGACUGUAACAGCACUUUUGUAAACGCUCGCUUUCACUGAGGGAACAAGCAUGACUAAGCAACCCAGUUGAAGAGAGCUAAAAAGUGUUUAAUUUAUUCAGCGUUAAUCCUAUUUACAUUCAAUUGUUACCAUUGAGACAAACUGUUACUACUGCUUUAUGUAUUACCUGAUUAUAUAUUUUGAGUGAAUACUAGAGGUAAUUGGAUAGUCCAAUGUCUUAUUUCAACAGCCUUAAUAAUUCUGGGAUUCCUGGAUUUCAUUUCUUUCAACGCCAAGAGGAUUUGGACAUUUUUCCUCAUCAGUUGUUACUUUUCUAAAUGCAAUUCUUUAGAUUUAAUGAGCUGUGUGUUUUAAUUACAGAUAUAUUAACAAGUAACCUACAUGUUUUUCGUACUGCAUAUUGUAGCACUCCUGUGUCAACGUGAAGUCAGGCAAGAGAAAAGAUGGAAAACAGUACCUCUGGAAAAUAAUGUUUAACCAUGUAAUGCAGUUGUAAAAGGGCAACUGAAAGACUUGCUUAUUGAUGGAUUUCAAAGGGCUUUGUGAUCCAUCAGAAAUGAACAAGAGCACAAUAAAGUGUUUUUUUUUUCUUUCUUAAUGAAAUGCUAUCUAUGCUAAUGAAAUGUUACAUUAGACCAAUGCUGUGAAAUAAAUAGGGGAAAAUCAACAUCUUCAGCCCCAUCAGAAGUUUUCGCCCAUGAAAAGCACAUCUACAUGGCUGUGUUUGGACGUAUCACCUUCUAUAUUCACAUAAUCCUACAUUUUAUUUCUAAGCAAUCAGAACAGUUAAUAGAUGUAUGAAAACCUUUUCUGUUUUAUAUCACAUGAAUUGUAUGACUUCAUAUUGUAUUGUAUCUUACUUAUAUUUUAAUAUUAUACAUUUUUUAAUAUUAUGUAUUUACUGGAAUCUGUUUGUAAAUGCAUUAUUGAAUGUGUUGUAAAUAUGUAUUGUCUCAUUAUUAUUAUUAUGAAUGACAAAACAUAUUUACAACACAUUCAAGAAUGUUAGGAAGAUAAACAGAUUAUGAUUUUAUCUUCCGUUCAUUAAAAUAAUUGACUGAU